UGAAAGGUUAUUAUGGAAUUUUUGCCAAAUGAUGCCAAAAAUAUACUGCCUACUGCAGGUUUAAAGUAUACGUUCAUGAAUUAAAAAGCAAAGAUGCUCACAAGUCAUUUUUUUGUCCAAGUCAAGUUCCAAGUCUACUUAGUUACAUCCACCACUGAUUGACAUUGUUGGUGAUAUUAUAACAUUAUUUGGGUGAAUUGGCCCUUUAAAUGUGCUAAGCGUUUCACCUGGUACUCUCAGAAUAAUUUACACCCACCUCCUAAAAACAGAUCAGAAAAAAAGCCCCACAUCUGCUCAUUGUUCUUUAAAUAAGUCUGUAUAGUGUUGGUAUAGUGCUGAUGUCUGGCUGCUUUGUUGAGGGGGUCCUUUCAUCACACGGUGAAACUCUGGGAACCCCCAACAGCUUACUGCGUAAAGAGAAAAUCUUGAAGACGCACAGGGUUUAAUUUCAAGCCCCCACCACCACCCACAUCUCCAAUUUGAAAGCCGCCUCUCUACCGGGAGAGGAAGGCUCUUUUUCGGUCAGAUGGCGUGCUGCAGUCCGCCCCCGUCAUUCUCCAGCCCACACAGACAGGGCAGCCAGCAACCAAUACGCUGCGCCGGAGGAGGAUUUCUGCCAGUGAUUUCAGACGAGCUACGAUACGCAGAGGGGAUUUACUACGCCAAUCUGAGCCGGGGAAGCUUUCAGGCGAUCGGUAACAGGUUUCACUCCGGGAGACAUCUGUGGUUUGGAGAGACACCUUUCCUCUCUGCACAUCCAUCUACCUGACCUGAAGAAGGUUUCAUGUCUUUCCUUUCUCCUGCCUAAACUUUUCCAGAACUGUGUGUGCCAUGUCUCUGCCACGCACACUCGGGGAGUUGCAGCUCUAUCGGGUGCUGCAGAGGGCCAACCUGCUGGCCUAUUAUGAAACCUUCAUCCAGCAAGGCGGUGACGACGUGCAACAGCUCUGCGAGGCAGCAGAGGAGGAGUUCCUGGAGAUCAUGGCACUAGUUGGCAUGGCCACCAAGCCGCUGCAUGUGCGUAGGCUCCAGAAGGCCCUCCGAGACUGGGCGGCGAACCCUGCCCUCUUCAGCCAGCCCGUCUCCAGCGUUCCUCAUGGGGGCAUCCCGCUCUUCAAAGUGGACGGGACAGGCACCUGUGGGUCGGCGGGCGGGCCCAGGAAGUCUGUGAGCAACGGGCAACCGGGGUCACCGUGUGAGAGGGAAGAUCGGGCGUGUCUUACGCCGAUGCACAGUGGGAGUCCAAGAAGCCCUUGCUCCCAGGCGUCCCCACAGCCACCAGACACACACUACAGGGAAAAACUAUCCCCAAUGGACCCACACUGGCUCAGCCCAGAGCCUGAUGGGAACUGCAAUUUGGCGUCUGCAUCCGGAACAGAGGAGGAGCCGCCCAGCCCACCUCUGCUGUCAACGUGUCCUCCAGGUCCCUCCACGUCUCCCAGCCCCUCCGCUUCCUUCACCCCAUCGGUCCUGUCGGCCUGGCCCGGAGGACAGCUGGACGGGGAGACGGCGAGGGCGGUGGUGGACAGCGUGGAUAGGCUCCUCCGGACCCUUCCAAGGUCAGACCCUGCAGAGGUGAAGACUCUGCUCAGGAUGAACAAGAAGAUGGCAAAGACUGUCGGACACAUCUUCAAAAUGGGGUCCCAGGAUGUGAACAAGGAAGAGGAGAUCAGGAAGUACAGUCUCAUUUAUGGACGCUUUGACUCCAAGAGGAGAGAAGGGAAGCAGCUCACGCACCAUGAGUUGAUCAUCAAUGAAGCUGCAGCCCAGUUCUGCAUGCGCGACAAUGCCCUUUUGCUGAGACGGGUGGAGCUCUUUUCUUUGGCUCGGCAGGUGGCGAGAAAAUGUGCCUACACCUCCACUCUAAAGCAUGCAAGGACGAAUGCAGAUGAGAUCGGCGUACUGUGCCUGAAGAGAGCGAGACAUGAGGUAAUAGUGCCUGAGGGUGUGUCAUCACUUCUCGGAGUGGAGGGCUCAGAGGGCUUGACCCAGAGGGCAGAUGAUGACAGCUUGUCUGCAGAAAGCCUCGACAGUGUUUCACAUGACAUCGGCUCACAGUGCAACCAGUCUCCGUCCCCCCGUCCCCACACCGACACAACGUCCAACCCCGCCAGCUGGAGUCGCCAUCUCAUACAGCAAACGCUAAUGGACGAAGGGCUGCGAUUGGCUCGGAUGGUGUCACAUGAUCGGGCUGGCAAGAUCAGCAUAGGGUCAGAACGAGCUCACUCUACAGACCAUGACUGUAAAGUGGAGAGGCGGAGCUUGAUAACAACGUGCAGGAGCAGCAGCCCCUGCAUCACCAAAGACGACUCUAAUCAUCGGGGGAAAUGAAAACGCUCAGCUUUUGUCAGGGAACUUGUCCUCAGGCGCCUGCCACUGAACUCCACUCAGAGUCUGCUGUACAGUCUGACACUGACAAACAGUAAUUAUCCGAAUUUACCAGCGACUGAUAUCAUAAACCUGCAGUGACUUCUAAACACUGAAAUUGUGGAUCAAAAAAUGUUCUGUUCUGACUUUAUAUUCAGUAAAUAUGUAGGGGAGACACUUUUUGUUCAUUUAAAAAAAAAAAAAAUACAUGGACUGCAUGUCCCGUAGAUUUUAGCUGAUAGCGGAAAAACUUACUGAUUUUAUUAGGAAAAAUCUGAUAUUUUGAUAAAUUAGUCAGUUUAUUGUGAGAAGUGCCGCGUGUCGACAGUGCCACCUGUUUCAGAUGAAAUUGGUUUGACACAGCAGGGGGCACUGCAACUUUGGAAAUUGACUCUCCAGUAACAUACUGUAGUUGUGUAAAGGAAAGUUGGUUUAGCAGGAAGACUUUUAUCUACAUUUUAAUCAAGUUACAAUCUAAAAAACAGUAUGAUGACGUUCUCAGCAGCUCCUCACCCUCGGAAACAAAUGGAUGUUCUGCUUUUUGAAGUCAGUGUUUUCUUUAGGGUUCAAAGAUGAAGAUAAAUAAAGCCCACGUAGAUGGAUUUGUAAAGAAAAAAAAGAAAGAAAAGGAGGGUGUGUGGCACAUGUUGAUCUAGAGUUACCAGAGCGUUCACACAAACCGCUGUCAGGUUCAGAGGCCUUUUGUCCUUCGCUGCAUCACCAUGACAUGUGAGCAGGCGUGCUGAGGUUCAUGAGAUACAAAGUCUUCAUCAUCCUCUCCCUCACAUCUUUCUGUAACGAUGUUCUGCACAAGCGGCUGAUAUGGUGUUUUGAUACUUCAGGCUUUUCAUUAUCUUUAAUUAUGUGAAAAAAUGUGCUCAAAACACCUUUUGCAAACUGGGUGGCAUGAGAUAAAAAAACACAGAUGCUUUUGAUUUUCAGUCGACGGUUAACUUUUCAGUCGCCUCUCUCUUCACAUCAGGUUUCAGCUCCAGGGCCCUUCAGCAGGGAGGAUACUCGCUGUCAUCAGCUGCUCCUCCCUCUCAUCUAUACUUUAAUGUUGUUCCCAAUGUUGUACAGUACAGCCUGUGAGGAGACUGCAUUCAAAACUACAUUGCAAGAUUUAGAGAAUUAAAAAAAACAACACAACAUUUUCAGAAAAUGUGGGGAUUAGUGUAAAUUUUUGAUGCUAUUUUAGUUAAGUGUAGCAGAAACUUUUGAGAUGAUUUCUGUAGUCUUAGAUAUUUACCAGGUGAACCUUCUGUCAGUUUCCCUCUUCUGUCCUUUGAGACUUAUCGUACAUUAGGGUGACUAAUCUUUCUUUACUUUCUAAGCUUUAGAAAAACACAUGCAGAGGUUUACAGAAAGAAAUCUCAUGGUGCUCGACUCUUAAUACAGCAGCUCCCACAAGUUCCUGUUUAAAAAUGGUUAAAAUGUAUUCAAACUUCGUAUAAUGACAAAGCUCCUGUUGAUAAUGACUAAAAACGUUAGGAUUUUUGUAUACUUACAGUAUGUGUGUCAGUGAGGUAGCUUGCUGUGCAUCAGUUACAUCGGCCUGUCUCUUGAGCAUUAGUAACCUCCUCAGUUUAUUAUGUUGCAAAACAGAUUAUUUAUUUUGUUACAUCUCAAUAAAUGUUAUUUUAUUGCUUAAAGUCA